UACCGAGAAGACGAACAAAUUUCGGGAAGUCAGUUAAGAGUUGAGUAUUUCGUGUCAAAAUGGUGUUAAAAAGCGAAAUGGAUGAUGUGCGAGGGCUGAUGUUGGAAGUCGAGGCCAUGGACGCAGAGUUACUCUUAAGGUAUCUGAAAUGAAGCCGCUUGAACAGUGCUGGCUCGAUUCGCUGAUGAAAGGGUUCAACUCACAGUUUGGAUACAAAAUCACGUGGAUGAAAAAACUAAACGUUUUUCACCGUCAUCUUCUCAAUCAAUUGACAAAUGGACGAGAUAAAUUAUCGCAUGGAAGUUUAAGUGAAGACACCAGGCGAUUUUCCGUUUAAGUAUGGAUCCGGGUUCUGCUAAAUCCGAUGCAGAGCCAUUAAUCACUACGAAAUCCACAAACUAUUAGUCACGUUUCCCGAGUUCGGCAAGGAUAGCGAAAACAGAGCUGAAGCCUACGCUUCUCUCACGUGCGAAAAUUUAUCCCACUUACUACAUAAGGCAUGUAAAAUAAAAUUAACUGAAGGACACGAAACGUCACAGAAAGGUUUGAUUACAUGCUGGGUUAAAAAGGAGAUCAUCAUUGGAAGCACGGAAAUGAACAGACCACAAAUAUGUGUAUGCAUCCAUCUUUGGUAAGAAACCCUACUGCCAUUUUAAUCAAAGGAAACACCUCUGAAAGCAUAAGUGAUAAAGCUGAGUAUAUCCUGACUCGAGAACAUGGGUUGAAUUUCGCGUCAUCCGAAUGUAACACAGGGGUAAUUCUGGACAUCAAAAGUGAGUUUUGGAGGAAAUUAAAUCUUUUUGAUUUUCGUUGCUAUCAUAAUUAAGCGAUCGUAAACAGUCAGCCAUGGGUCACACUCCUCAAAUUUUACGGCGGCGUUUUCCUUGUUAUUUGUCUCUUUUAUCUCCUACCUGUCAAGGAUUAAGAUCUGGAAAAGAUCCGCUCAGUUGUGUUAAAAACUGGCUUAGAAAUUGAAACGUGUCUUAACUAAGGAUGACCUCUCAGAUUAGCGACACGCACAGCGUAUCUGUUGUAAGAUGCCACUAAGAGAUCCCUGAUUAGUUGGGUUAUAAAUGGGUCCACGUGUUACAGAACAAGCUUCAUGUCUCCGUCUAAACUGUUUGGACACCCCAACCUGCCUUUGAUUAUGAAAUUGAAGUGCGCGUUUGCUCAGACUCAGCUAACCCAUCAUGUCAUGAAGUAGCCCGGUUUAGAGGUUGUCGGAACAAACGAAACAUGUUGACGAGCACGGGCAAGCGAGAAUAAUAAGCUCCGAGGGUCAAGAAAGUCGUAAAUAAUCUCCAUGAUCACAUCCAUUGGAAGGACAAAAAAACAUCAGCAUAUCCUCGAGUUUCUUUCACAUUGAUUUAGAUGACAAUAGUGGUACACUGUGAAAUAUAUGUGCGAGUAAAUUUGUUUUGACUGCAUACCCGACAUGACGUUACUCCAUGCAGAGACGUGACUUACAAAAUAUGCUAUGGGUUUCGCAAUAUGCUGCAUUGCGUGGAAGGUGUGACAUGCUUACGUCAUUGCGGUUCAACAUUGUGCAAGGUUUGUAGUGAGUAGACGUCAACAAGGUAACGCGACGUGACUGAGAGACGAGGACCCAAACAUGCCUCUUGAAACUGGAUUUCGGAUACAAGGCCAACUCUGAAUGUAGCGAGAGCAUUACUACCUUCACUUUAAUCUUUUCACUUUUACGAAGGAAGACUGACGGUACGGAUGAAAUUGUAAAUAGAGGCAAAGAUGGAUUUUCUGACUCGAAACAGUGGGAGCGGUGGGUCACUUAAUUGGAGAGGUCAGCAAGGCGCGCCAAUUUCGAAGAGCUGACAUGUACACAACGCUCUUCCACCCACACUGAUUUAAGUAUAUUUGAAUAACGAUUAUUAUUUAACGCUAUUUAAGUUUCAGUAUGAGAUCACUAAAUUUAUGGACGAGUGUUCAUAUAUUAGCGUUGAACGCUUGAAGUCAUUCAUAGUAAUGACUUACUCGUGACCAAUUAAGCCUACACGGUACUUGAUUUUGUCCAAGGAUAGAUCUGACUUAGUUAUAUCAUAACAAAACUGUAUUACUAGUAUUAUGGCGGAGCUCAUUCCACCAUUAGUGAAAGGUUUAAGGGCAAAAGACAUCGGCAAUCAAGCGAAGUGGAAAAUUCAAAAUAGUAACUUAAUAUAAUAGAAUAUAAAGUGAAAUCAUGAAAGUGAUGAAAAAUGUUUCGCUAGCUAGAAUUGAAGAGGAUUUGUUUUAUGUUUGGUUUGGUGAACGGGAUUGUUGUCUAAAGUUCUUAUUCAGCUUCUGACAAUAGAAACACAUGUUAUCCAACCAAUAUGCACAACCUAUAUGAGACUUAUAACGUCACGCCAUAUGUACCUGAGAGCUGCUGGCAAAAAUUUAACAAUUGAAAUGGCAAUUGUCGUAAAAGGUGUGAUCAAAUAUGGCUUUUUUUUAUAACGAAACAUCUGUGUACAAAGUGGCAAAUAAUGAAGUCGAGAUUAAGUCUCAAACAUAGUUAGUCACUGAAACAGUACUGGCUAGAUAAACAAUCACCCGGAAACCACGCUUGAGGCUGGAAACAAAGGCCACAUACGUCAUAUUUUUCCCGUUUGUUUGACAUUUAUACCGGAAACGCCUCCCACUCUUUGUGAGACAUUUGAACUACUCUUGCAAAAAGAUUUAAGGAACGACUUCCUCCCAGGGCAUAGAAGCUAGCCGUGCAGAGUUUCUAUCGGUCCGCUCACCUGACUGGCGUUGGAGAAAAUGAGUCAAUUCGCCUUCGAUCCCGAACUUGAGCAACAGCUAAAUGACAUAGAUGAGUUUAUUAGAGCACAGUGCGGAGACGAUUUAUCUGUUGGAUUCAAUCAAAGCGAAUGGCUUUUGCCUUCACAAACCGGGGAAGCCCCAGCACAGACCAUGUCUAGCUCCUGGAAUGUAAGAGCCGACCAGAGUUUUCCAUCCUCUUGUGGUGCCAAGAUGGAAGGGCUCUCUAAGGACCCUCCUCCAAAAGAUUUACAGCCUGAGGUAGGGGUUCAAAUAAUGAACCUUAUGGACACCUAUGAUAAGCGAACAAAGAAGUUGUCUGGAAAGUACGAAUAUCGACUGGGAUCUUCAGAGGUGACUAUUGUGGCCCGUGCAUCCGAUGAAAUAAAAAGAGUCCGAGUUUACGUUCAGAGAUGUCCUGAAGCAGCAGUUAGAACACAAGACACAGUGGGUCCUGUUGAGCUACAGGUAAACUUGCAGCAGCACGACCACUCGCAGACGGUCGUGUCAGUUGAUUUAGGCUCAGUGCACAGAACUGACGACGGCAAUGCGGUAUACCGACUAGAAAAGGCGGAUGUCUUGGAGAGAAAUAAGUGGGAGCUGAUUAUUAUGAUGGGUUUUCAUGCAGGAGUCGUCACUAUUGUCAAGUCAAAACCUUUCAGAAUCACCACAAGGGCUAGCCACAAGACGAGGAGUCCGGAACUACCACUAGAGAAGUCAAGUGUCGCUGGAAAUGACAUUCAGAGAAUACCCUCGCAACAUUGUGAAGUCCAGAAUCACUCGUUCAAAGGCUCCAAUUUCACAGAAGUUGACGAAAUUGCGAUAGCAGAAUCCCUCAAUUCAAACGCUGUUGUUAACAGAGUAGCCUCGAAGCUUCGUCAAGAGCUUUCAAAGCUUCAUCUUAAUGACGAGAACCCCAGCUCAACUCCAACAUGUUUGAAGACAAAUCCACUUGUUUUUGGCAAAGUUGUUCUGCGACCAGAUACGAAACUUGACAAAAGAAAGGUCUCAAUGCACUACAAUCGUGAUGUUCGCGCUCGGUACGUUGUCGAACAACCUGACCUUCCUGAUCUGUUAAAACUUAUGAGCCGCCGAACGACUUGCACAAGUGGCGGAAGAAGACGAGCAAAUGGCUUCAAAACCGCCGAGGAAGACUUUUGGUGGGCGUGCGGGCUAUGUUUCUUUGAGAGGCGAAAGAAAUCUACAGUUAAAGCCCACGUAACACAAAGAGUUUGCCAGAAAACAUCUUUGAGGAAAGAAAUGAGACAGAGAAGAAAGGCGUUAGGUCACUUAAAACGAUACGCUAGCUGUGAAUUUAGCACUGAAGGAUUUGAAGACAUUGAGCCACUGGCAUGGAACAGUCCUCUUUCCGUCUAGCUGAAUCAAAUGGUACUUUUAGAACCAUCCACUUCGGAUUGUGUCCCAACACUUUACAGCAGCAAGACUGUGGUUUCAAACAAAGUGCAGGAUCGAAGCCGAAGUGCAAAAAAGUAGAUGCAGAUUAUACUUCGUGUAAUUACGGAUUUAGAUCUGUCGAAACGUAGUCGGCUAACAGCAAAGAUGUUCCAACUGCAUAUGAUUUACUGCACUAUCUUAAUAUUCCUACCCAACACCAGAAUCGUUGCGUAUUGCAGCAUCGUGCAUCAACAUAUUACUGAGACGUGAUCUACAGACAUUUCAGUCUUCUUAUGGAUUCAAGAGCCCAACUCGUAUACUGAAAGCGCGUUUCCAAUAAAGGCGAAAAGGAAAAUAUUAAGAACAUGCAGUAAAAUCAAAUAGCAUAGUACAUAGACAGAAAAGAAAUAUAUCUAAGAACUACCCCGGAACAUAUGGCACAUAAACAUAUGUCUAUAUUAUUUAGUAACAAUAAUUAUACUAGUAUUUUAUCGCAGAUGUGGUCACCUUAUGGCCCAUAUUCAUAUUUAUAUCGAUCGAACUAAAUAACCCACUAGCAUCGCUUUUGAAGAGCAAAUCGGUAAUGUUUCUCAUCAAAGAAAUCACGGCUCAAGGCUGCAAGGAUGAAAACAUUGCCCAUGCCAAAACGGUGGGAUGAUACCCAAGGUUUAGAAGGAAUUGCCCUUUUAACCGGAGUCUUGGGAGUGACUUUAAAUCAACUAACCCAAUAUGCAUAAGCUCUGUUGUACUUAACACUAUGCCGUACUAGCGCCCACCGCAGGCAGGGUAAGUUUUUCCUCGGGCUUCUAAAGUUCGUCAAGAAUCAAACUUUGAAGCACAUGCUACUUAAUUAUCAUUCUAGAAGGGAAAAUAAGACUAGAUAACUAACUAGGCGCUGUGAAAGCGCUAUCAGUGCAAUAAAAGACAGCCUGCUUACUAGGGUUAUCGCUAGUUUCCGACCAAAAGUAUAUCAAAAGUGCAAAGUAAGCCCAUCUCAAUAUCCCGACAAGCCCUGAGUUUAUAAUUGCGCAAAAGGUGUUUUAGUGGGCUUAUUACCGAAAAGAGUUCCGCAUCUAAGGUUGUUUGAGAGAGGAGAGACGUUUCAGAAUGACUUAAGGAGAGAGAUCUUAUAUUAUUGAUGGAGUACUUCCCUAAAAUUAAAAAUGUUUCGCUCUGAGAAUGCAUGCCAACUGAUUCAAUACAUAAAUUAUUAAAUGCAGAUUUCUCACAGGCGAAGGAAAUGUUAAGAACUUUUGACCCUUAUGAGACCUAAAAACUGGUUCAACUUCGUUAAACAAAUGGUGACGAGCAAAUUGACAAUAAAGGCCCGCGCAAUUUUAUGCAACUAUUCUGAAGCGUGAGGUUCAAAUACAAGUUCAGUUUGGUUUGUAAAGAACGAAACGUUCGACACAAGUUUAAUUUCUAAUUUUUCACCUAAGUGGAACAGUUAUACAGAUUUCUAGAUUAACCAAAACAGUCAGAACGUGCACUCUUAAUUUAGUAAAUAUUUUGAGCUCAUAACACUACACAACUAUCAUAUAUAAGUUAGUACUUAUUUCGACCACACGAAAUGGAAAAAAUCUCGUUCACACUAACUCAGCAGGGUUAGGUUUACCACGGGGUUUCAAUAAAUUAACUUGUACUUGUAAUAAUGGGAGCUUUGAUGUCUAUGAACAUAGGUAGUAAAUGAUCUAAAGGCACAAACUUAAGAAUUUAAACCACUUUAUCUAAUGCGAGCAGGGUAUUAGCCAAGGUAAUGGCAAAAAAGUAGUAUUUAUUAAUAAUCAAAUAGUUUAUCUGGUAGAUGAUAGAUAUGCUUACAAAAAAGGUAGUUAGACUAUGAAAGGGGUGGUAUUGUUAUUAUAAAAGGUGUCGGGGUACUAAUAGUUUUUCCAUGUAUAAGGUCAUCAAUAGUCUAUCACGAUUACAAAUUGUCUAUUAUACCUGACUUCUCAUGGCCAACUCAUGGAGUUCUUGGACUUUGUUUUACUGAAGUGAGGAAGAAACAUUAUUCAAUAAACCACAAGAGAACAA